GCAAACCGCUUCACCAGGAUCCUGACAGCAAUCAAUCCCAAAUGGCAGCUAGGAGUCGGCCCAAAUCGACAUUCCGGACGGUACGGGAUAACGGAAUAAACCUUGGGGCUUUUCAAGAGUCUUCUAAGCUUUAUGCUAGUAUAACAGAUGCUUUAGAUUCUCAGCGUCUGCGUAUUUUCGAUUCGCAAGAGGGAUCGCUCAAGACCGAAUAUGCUUUAGAAGGGAAUCAGCGGGUCAGUAGUAUCUGCUGGGAUCAAGCUGUUGAAUAUGAUGUUGAACCUAUAGAUGGUUCUAUAGGUGGCUCUGGUCAUGUCGUACUCCUUGGUACAGAACAAGGAGAGAUUAUAGUAUACUCAGAGGCUUUGGGCACAGUUACAAAAACAUAUGGUUUUGGCCAAUUGGGUAAAAUCACCAAAGUUGCUCUUCUGAGCUCAUUUGCAUUUGCCAUUGACAGUUUUGGAAAGUUGGUUCAAUUUAAUGUUAAUAAUGGUUCUGCUAUUCAAAUUAUGAAGAUUACUACUCCUUCUCGUGAAUUUUCCGGUGUAUAUCCUUCCCCUUGCAUUCCAAAUUUUGCUAUCGUCACCUCGCACAGCGCGCAUUUGUUGGCACUUCCGGAUUCGAAUCCUGUCGAUACUUUAACAACUCAUACAACGCUUGUUCAGUCUGUUGUUUACUCUUCAGCCUCAACGCCGUCGCAAAAUUUCGUCCUUUUUGCGACAGCUGCUGAACAAGACCGAUUUGUCAAUCUUUUCAGCAAGCAAGUUUCCGAUAAGAAGCUCACUGAUGCACCUUCCAAAAAUAUUGGAGCACUUGUUUGUGAAAAUGAUGUACAAGGACUAGCAAGUUGCGAGAAAAUCGAAGAAGCCACUGGGAAAAAGGGUAGUAUUUUAGCAGCGCUGUCAGUAGACGGUACUAUUGAAAUAUUUGAUAAUCCAUGGGAGUCGAAACUUUCAUCUGGAUCAGGAGGACUAGCCUCUCUAUCCCGUAAGCGUAAACAAUUAACAAGUCAUUCUAAUCUCAGAAUCCGCUUCUCUCGUUCUCGUGGCGGAGUUCCUAUUACACUCGAGUCCAUUAGUUUCGUCAAUGCAGAUACUAUUGUGGUAGCAUGGAAAGAGGCUACUCGCACCAUUUUUGAGAGCGUCCCUUGGAAAAUUCUGUCUUCUCAGGCUACGGAUGGACUAUUAGAAGUAGUUCGUCCCAAAUCCCGGGAUGUCAAUAAAGUAGGAAAACCCGUCGUCACUUAUGAUGAAGCAAAUGCCACCGUUACAUCAGGUGUAAUGCAAAAACAUGCUGCUGGUAUUCCUGAUAUUCCCACUGAGGAAGAAGCGCAGGCAGAAGAGCAGGAACCUAGUCUUGCUGAACGAUUGCAGACACUUGCCAAGUUAGACCAACAAGCUCAGGCUACUCCUACACAGGUAUCUGCUUCUUCUUCUUUAGCAACUGUGUUAGCUCAGGCUUUGCGAACAAACGAUCAAGCUCUUCUUGAGUCAUGCUUUAAUAAUCAAAGUUUGGAAGUAAUUGAAAACACUGUUCGCCGUUUAGACUCUACAUUGGCUCCUGCCUUGUUGGAUAAAGUAGCUGAUCGGUUAGCUCGUCGCCCGUUAAGAGCAGAUACAUUUUUGACUUGGAUUCGUUGUACUUUAAUUUUCCACGGUGGUCAUCUUAGCUUAAUCCGUGAUCUGAAAGAUCAGCUUGCUACUCUUCGUUCAGUGUUGGAAACAAGAGCUUCCAAAUACACAAGCAUGCUUGCGUUGCAAGGAAGAUUGGAUAUGGUGUUUUCUCAGAUUGCUUUACGAAAAGCUGGUGGCUCAAAGGAUAAUGCUGAGAACGAAGAGCCCAUUACUGUAUAUUAUGACGGUUUUGAGGAAUACGAGGACAUGGAAGAAGAUGAAGAUGAAGACGAGGAGGACAUGGAUUCUGAAGAGGAUGAUAUUUCAGAAGAUUUAUCUGAAGAUGAAGACCAUGUAACAAAUGAUCAGGCGCCUUCGGACGAAGAUUACGAUCAAGAAUUACACGAGGAGGACGUUCAGCAUGAUAGUUCAGAUGAAGAAAACUAACUCGGUGGUUUUCUUUGAUUUUAAAAUGUGAUUUUCUUAUUAAAUCAUGGGUGAGUUUUUUAUAUUGGUUUUGGAUUGCGUUACUUAAUCUAUAUAUAUAUGUGUGUGUGUGUCGAUAGGUGAACAUAAAAACUUUUUCAGGUAGAAAAAAAUAAAGGUUUGGUUUUAGUGCGUUAAACUUUGGCAGAAGUAAUAUAACUAAAAGAAUUGUAUUCA